AUGUUCCUGCCCCAGAGAUCUCUGCAGAUGGUUACAUUUUUCGCAGUUCUUUUUUUUGCCUGUUUUGCAACAUGUCAAGACACUGAAAAUAAGAGAGCGGUGACAGAGCAUCAGCUCAUGCAUGACAAAGGGAGGGCGUUUCAAGGGCUGAAGCGCCUGAUGUGGCUCCACAACGCCCUGGGUAGCGUGCACACAGCCAGCAGCAGGGAUAUUUCGCUCUCAAAUGCCAUGUGGGAUUCACAGAAGAGCCCAGAUGCCUCGGAUCUCUACAACAGCGUCAGCGGAGACGAGACUUCAAGCCUGACGAAGCAGCUGCUGGAACUGAAGGAAAAAGAGCAGGGCCUCCCCCCGUUAAAGCAGCUGGAUUUGCUGCAGUACGCAAAGAGCCCAAAGGGUAACUGGAACCCACAAGACCUUUUCAACCUCCUUCAAAUCAAAGAGUUGGGCAGCAAGAGGAAUCCCAGCGCCCUGCCACAGAACAUUUCCCACUAG